UCAAAACUUUGGUAGAUGUCGAUACUGCACCUUCGGUAUCGUGAAUACCUUGGAGAAAUUACCUGCAUAAAGCAUUUGAACUUAAAACACUUUGUUUACUAGUACAAAUCUUCAAAUAACACAAACAACUGUACUUCAAAGAGUGCCGGCUAAACCAAAUUCAAUAUUCAGAUCAUAGCAAUAUGGCACGCGGACAUCAAAAAAUUCAAUCGCAGCAAAAAGCCCAGGAAAAGGCUGCCAAACAAAAAAAGCAACAGGGCCACGGAUUGAGUGAUCAGAUGAAGGCUGCCCAGAAAGCAUUAGUAUUUUCCUGUGCUGUAUGUAAAUCUCAAAUGCCCGACCCAAAAACGUACAAGCAACAUUUCGAAAACAAACAUCCAAAGGCGGAUCUUCCAGCUGAGUUGAAGGAUAUUUAACCGGAUUGUUUUUUGGCAUUCGUUGGACGGAGUUUCUUCUAAAGCUUCAGAGUAAAGAAAGAUACCGAAACAUGACAAAGGACGCUAGCUGAGCUGAGGAAAUUCCAUUUGUAUUAGCCCCAAUUGCCAUUUUGUAAAUUUUUGUUUAUUGUCUUGUAUAUAAUUCAAUCAUGUUAUGACAAGCAUGCGAUAGAUUCGAGCUUUUUUUCGAAUUCUAUCCGAUCAUCAGUUGAGAAAAUUAGCAAAACGCUGAAAAGAAAUGUUCAGUAAUAAAUAAAUUGCCCAUGCUAAUCAAUAGA